AUGGGCACUGCUAUCCUCGAGGGUCUGCUUGACGCGACUGCAAAUGACUCAUCACCACGCAUUUCUCGCUUCCUGGUCAGCACAAAAAGCGCGUCGUCUGCCAGCUCAAUCAAAGCCAAGUUCCAGAGUGAUGAACACAGAGUAUCUGUCGCACAUGAUCAAAACCAGCAGAUCAUGAAAGAAGCAGACAUCGUCAUUUUGGGCUUCAAGCCUCAUAUGGCAGAGGUGAUCCUGGGCCAGGCCGGGGUGCGAGAAGCACUCGCUGGAAAGUUCGUGAUCAGUGUUCUAGGUGGCAAGACUACACAGGUUCUUGGAGAAUACAUCUCGCAGGGCUCUGAGAGCUCAACUAAACCAUAUGUUGUUCGAGCGAUGCCAAAUAUGGCAGCUCGUAUUCGAAAGUCGAUGACUAUCAUCGAGAAGAAUCCGGAGCUGCCGUCUGAACUGCAAGAUAUCCUGGUAUGGAUAUUUGAAACGAUUGGGGGUGUGAAAAUGCUCGAAGCAGAUCUCUUUGACGUGGGAUCUAUGCUUGUUGGGUCGUCAAUGGCAAUUCUUUCGGUUGGGCUGGAUGGUAUUCUUGAUGGGUCCGUCAUGGAGGGCAUCAAAAGAUCAGAUGCUCUGGAAAUGGCGGCUCAAAGCAUGCUCGGAAUGGCUGAGCUGUUCCGCCAAGGUGAAGAUCCAUCUCACUUCAGAGAAAGUGUUGCAUCGCCACGGGGCUCUACCAUCCACGGCAUUGUGACUGCAGAGAUGGCUGGGGUCAGAGGUACAUAUGCACAGGCAAUGUUGAACGGCGUGAAGAAGCUGAAGUCGUAA